AUGGCUGUGGGAUCCGCUUCGCUACAGGACCGCCUGGAGAGGUGGGCGCAACGCCUGAAUAACCUCACUGUCUCUCCUCUUGCCAGGGAUUAUGAUACCCCAGCCGAUACCAAGCGGGCCAUCGAGGCCUUUGAGACCCUCGAGCUCCCCCAGGAGACUCAAUUGGCUCUGAAGAAGCUCUCCGGAUCUUCGUCAUCCGAGUUCACUGUUUUCUUGACCGCAUUUGUGCUUCUGGUCGCUCGUUUGACCGGUGACGAGGAUAUUGCAAUUGCCACAAACUUGGCCGAAGACUCCCGCCCCUUCGUGCUUCGAGUCUUCUAUGACCCUGCCGAAACUUUCAGCCAGCUCUAUGCCAAGGUUGACAAGAUCUUCAAUGAGUGUGCCUCCGAUAUCGUACCAUUGGGUAGCCUUCGUUCGUACAUUCAAGACAAGUCCAAGUCCGAACGCACUCCCAUCCUUUUCCGAUUCGCUGCCUACGAUGCCCCUGCCGCCUCACAAGAAUACCCCGCAAACACCUUCGAUAGCACUGAUCUGGUCAUCAAUGUGUCAUCUGAGCUUGGCGCAUACUACAACCAGCGUCUCUUCUCUAGUGCACGCAUCGCCACCAUCCUCAAGCAAUUGGUUCGCAUUGCCAGCAAUGCUGCCGCAAACCCAGAGGAGGCCGUGGGCCGUAUCGAUAUGAUUACCGAGGACCAGCUUGCGCUUCUUCCCGAUCCCACUGCUGAUCUCAACUGGUCCAAGUUCCGUGGUGCCAUCCACGAUAUCUUCGCUGAGAAUGCGCAGAAGCACCCUGAGAAGCUCUGCGUCGUGGAGACCAAGUCGAGCAGCUCCCCCCACCGUGAGUUCACAUACAAGCAGAUUAACGAGGCAUCCAACAUUCUCGGGCACCACUUGGUUCAGUCCGGCAUCCAGAGAGGAGAGGUUGUCAUGGUGUACGCCUACCGUGGUGUGGAUUUGGUGGUUGCCGUGAUGGGUAUCCUGAAGGCUGGCGCUACAUUCUCCGUUAUCGACCCCGCCUACCCACCCGAACGCCAGAAUAUCUACCUUGACGUUGCCCGUCCCCGUGCUCUGAUCAACAUUGCCAAGGCUACUACGGACGCUGGGGAACUGUCGGACAUUGUCCGUUCGUUUAUCAACGAGAAUCUGGAGCUCCGCACUGAAAUUCCGGCUCUCGCCCUCCACGACGAUGGUAGUCUGACUGGUGGCUCCAUCGAGGGCCAGGAUGUCUUUACCCAGCAGGUCGACCUGCGCUCUCAGUCUGUUGGUGUCGUCGUUGGUCCGGACUCAGUCCCCACCCUUUCCUUCACCUCUGGCUCGGAAGGCCGACCCAAGGGUGUUCGCGGUCGCCACUUCAGUCUGGCAUACUACUUCCCCUGGAUGUCCGAGACCUUCAAGCUGUCCGAGAACGACAAGUUCUCCAUGCUAUCUGGAAUUGCCCACGAUCCCAUCCAGCGUGAUAUCUUUACUCCCUUGUUCUUGGGUGCUCAGCUGUUGGUUCCAGCCAAGGAGGACAUCCAGAACGAGAAGCUGGCUGAGUGGAUGCGCAACUACGGUGCUACCGUCACCCAUCUUACUCCCGCCAUGGGUCAGAUUCUUGUGGGUGGUGCUUCUGCGCAGUUCCCGGCUCUGCACCACGCUUUCUUUGUCGGAGACAUCUUGAUCAAGCGUGAUUGCCGCUCGCUUCAGGGUCUUGCUCCCAACGUCUCCAUUGUCAACAUGUACGGCACAACUGAGACUCAACGUGCCGUCAGUUACUACGAGAUUCCGAGCUACUCCAGCCAGGAAGGUUUCUUGGACACCAUGAAGGACAUCAUCCCUGCUGGCCGUGGUAUGCUGGAUGUCCAGAUGCUGGUUGUGAACCCCUUCGACCCGACCCGUAUGUGCGCUAUCGGUGAGGUUGGUGAGGUCUAUGUUCGCGCCGCUGGUUUGGCUGAGGGCUAUCUUGGCUCCCCUGAUCUGAACGCCAAGAAGUUCUUGACCAACUGGUUCGUGAAGCCCGAGGUUUGGACUGCAAAGGACAAGAGCAGCAACGAGCCCUGGCGGGAGUUCUACGUCGGUCCUAGAGAUCGCCUGUACCGUAGCGGCGAUCUUGGCCGUUACACUCCCUCUGGAGAUGUCGAGGUUUCCGGCCGAAUUGACUCUCAAGUCAAGAUCCGUGGCUUCCGUAUUGAAUUGGGUGAGAUUGACACUCACUUGUCCCGCCAUCCCCUGGUUCGUGAGAAUGUGACUCUUGUCCGUCGUGACAAGUUUGAGGAGCCUACUCUUGUCAGCUACUUCGUCCCUGAUAUGAGCAAGUGGUCAGAGUGGCUCGAGUCCAAGGGCCUCACGGAUGAUGACUCAGGCGAAGGAAUGGUCGGCAUGCUUCGUCGAUUCCUUCCUCUGCGCAACGAUGCCCGUGACCACCUCCGCAGCAAGCUCCCUGCCUAUGCGGUGCCAACGGUGAUCAUUCCGCUGAAGCGUAUGCCUCUCAACCCCAACGGAAAGAUCGACAAGCCUGCCUUGCCCUUCCCCGACACCGCGGAACUCAGCGCUGCUGCUCCUCGUCGUCGCUCCUCUGCGAUCCAGGCGCUGUCUGAGACUGAGCAAGCUCUCGCCCAGAUUUGGGCUAAGCUGAUCCCCAACGUGACUGCCCGUAUGAUCGGACCUGAUGAUUCUUUCUUCGAUCUCGGGGGUCACAGUAUUCUUGCCCAGCAGAUGUUCUUCGAACUGCGUCGCAAGUGGCGUACCGUUGAUAUCAGCAUGAGCGCUAUCUUCCGUAGCCCAACCCUCAAGGGCUUUGCAGGCGAGAUUGACCGUUUGCUUGACGUGGAAGCCUUUGCGACCAGUGACAAGGCUGACCAGGAUACCAACGAGCCGGACGACGGCUAUUCAAAGGAUGCACGCCAGCUGGUCAACGAGCUACCCGAGAAGUUCCCCACCCGAACCGAAGACUUGCUUGCUACUCAGCCGACUGUCUUCCUUACCGGUGCCACUGGUUUCUUAGGUGCUCAUAUCCUUCGUGACCUCCUUACUCGCAAGUCGCCUUCUACCAAGGUCGUCGCCCUUGUCAGAGCCAAGAGCGAGGAGCAGGCUCUCGAGCGUCUUCGCUCGACCUGCCGUGCUUAUGGCUUCUGGGACGAGGAAUGGGUUAACCGCCUGGAAACCCCCUGUGGUGACCUUGGCAAGCCUCUGUUUGGCUUGUCUCAGUCUGUCUGGGAUGAUCUGACCACCCGUGUUGAUGUGGUUAUUCACAACGGUGCUCUUGUCCACUGGGUCUACCCUUACUCUACCCUCAGGGGCCCUAACGUUCUGGGUACUAUCGAUGCAUUGAAGCUGUGCGCUGCCGGAAAGGCUAAGCACUUUGCCUUUGUCAGCUCUACUAGUGCCCUGGACAACGACCACUACGUGCAGGAAUCUGACCGUAGCCUUGCUGCCGGUGGCAAUGGCGUGAGCGAGGACGACGAUAUGGAAGGCAGUGCCGUUGGCCUUGGUACAGGCUAUGGCCAGAGUAAGUGGGCUGGUGAGCAUCUAGUUCGCGCAGCACGGGCCCGUGGUCUGAAGGCCGGCAUCAUCCGGUCUGGAUAUAUCUUGGGUGACUCCACAUCGGGUGUUUGUGUGACUGACGACUUCCUGACUCGCUUCUGGAAGGGUUGCGUUCAGUUGGGUUCGCGCCCCAAUAUCGGCAACUCCAUCAAUGCCUGCCCAUCCGACUACGUCGUGCGAGUUGUUAUCUCGGCUGCUUUCCACCCCCCUACCAACUCCACUGGUGUUGUCCACGUUACUGGACAGCCGCGUCUCCGCUUCAAUGAGUUCCUUGGAGCUCUGGAGACUUACGGAUACCCCAUCAAGCAGAUUGAUUAUAUCCCAUGGGCGUCUUCUCUGGAGCAGUACGUUAAUGACGGCCAGCAUAACGACAAGGAGUCUCAGCAUGCACUGAUGCCCCUUUACCACUUCGUGGUUUCCGACCUGCCUUCCAACAGCAAGGCACCCGAAUUGGACAACACCUACGCCUCUGCCGGCUUGAAGGCUGAUGCGGCCUGGUCUGGCGUUGACGCCUCUGCCGGUGCCGGUAUUACCGUCGAGUUGAUCGGGUUGUAUGCCUCCUAUCUUGUGGCAAUUGGGUUCCUCCCUGCGCCCACCGUCGCCGGUGCCCGGCCCCUGCCCCCCGUGCCCAUUACGGAGGAGCAAAAGAAGAUGAUUCUGAACGUGGGUGGUCGUGGUGGUGCCGCCUAA